AUGGCGUGGAGGGGGCUGGCAGCCGAGUUCCUACAGGUGCCGGUGGUGACACGGGCCUACACCGCGGCCUGCGUCCUUACCACCGCCGCAGUGCAGCUGGAGCUUCUCAGUCCCUUCCAGCUCUACUUCAACCCGCACCUCGUGUUCCGGAAGUUCCAGGUGUGGAGGCUCGUCACCAACUUCCUCUUUUUUGGGCCUCUGGGAUUCAGCUUCUUCUUCAACAUGCUCUUCGUAUUCCGAUAUUGUCGCAUGCUGGAGGAGGGUUCCUUCCGUGGCCGGACUGCUGACUUCGUCUUCAUGUUUCUCUUCGGAGGCAUCCUUAUGACUCUCCUGGGUAGCCUGGGGCUCCUGGGUAGUCUGUUCUUCCUGGGUCAGGCCCUUACAGCCAUGCUGGUGUACGUAUGGAGUCGACGCAGCCCUCAAGUGAGGGUCAACCUCUUCGGCCUCCUCACUCUUCAGGCACCAUUCCUGCCUUGGGCGCUCAUGGGCUUCUCACUGCUGCUGGGCAACUCCAUCCUCGUGGACCUGCUGGGAAUUGCUGUGGGCCAUAUCUACUACUUCCUGGAGGAUGUCUUCCCCAACCAGCCUGGAGGCAAGAGGCUGCUGCUGACCCCUGGCUUUCUGAAGCUGCUACUGGAUACACCAGAGGAAGAUCCCAAUUAUCUGCCUCUCCCCGAGGAGCAGCCAGGACCCCUGCCACAAUGACCCCACCCAGGGUGAGGGCGAGGCCACGAAGCAUGUUUUCCUGGCAGACCUCCAUCCCAAGCCCUUCUUGUA